CCCCCCCCCCCCCAGCACCAGCCCAGGACCCUGGAGUGCCGGCAUAUGCCCCUUGUAAGCUCACCCACCUUCCCCAGGGAAGGCCAGGGCCACUGUGCCAGAGAGCAUCCCUGCUGCUAUGCUGGCAAGGCCCAGGCCCUGGCCCCCAGCGCUGCCAUGAGGGGCAGGUCAGGACUGGGGGUGGAAGGGACGACAGGGUGGUGGCAUUGCCCAGGCAGGCCCUGUGCUCCACUAAGCUAAGUGUGGGACCAGUUCCCUCCUCCUGAGACAUGAAAGGCCAGCUCUGUUGCACCCUUGGGGAAGCGGUGACAUAGAUGGGAAUGUACAGUGCCAAGCACAGCUGGGCCACAGGGCCUCAGGCCAAGGGGUUGAGCAGGGACCAGCCCCACUGUCUGAGACCCCACUGUUGUCCCCCUCCACUCCUACCACAUGGCCCAGCUGAGGGUGUUGGCUCCAGAAGCCCCCGCAAGUGGCUGAGCUGCCAUGACCUACUUGGGGCAUGCGUCACCAGCGCGAUACCAUCGAGGAGCUUGUGUUCUGGGCAUGGCUUCCUCCUCAGGAGGAAAUCGCCGCCUCCAAGCCCAGACACCAAGCACAGAGAUAAAAGAGCGGGGAACAAGUAUUACGCUGUGUUAACCCUUCAUGGCCUGGCCUGCUACACACAUGCACCUGCCUGUUGCCCCAGCCAGCCCUCCCCCUGCACAUGCUGAUAUGGGGGCAGGGGCCAUGGGCCAUGGGGGUAGCCUGGGGGUUGAGGAGCAGGGCUGGUAGAAGGUGUUGGCAGAGGGUUGGGUGUCUCAGUCACUGAGGCUUGUCCUGUGCAGCUGGUAGUGAGGAGCCCAGAGCCCUGGCAUGGAUGGUCCUAUCUGCUUCACACAGAGUGCACCCUGGUCUGGCUGUGGGGCUUGGAGCUGAGCUGGCUGGUGGGCACUGAGGUCUUUCAGCUGCUACCCUUAGCUGUUGCCCCUUUAGCCACCCAAGGGGAGUAAGCUCCCUGAGUUUGGUGCCCUGCUCAUUGCCCAAUCUGGGCAGGGUGCUGUAGGGUCUGGGAAUGCCCAGAUGGGCAGGGCAGGAUGCACAGGGGGGCCAGGGGCUAGGGACUGCCUGCUGAGGUGCCUGGGGCUGGAGGUGCUUGGGUCUGACUUGGCAGCAAGGCUGUGAGGUUGGAACUGCCACGAGGAUGUGUUGACAGGCUCGGGGUCUCACCCUGCUGUUCUGGGGUCACCUCCAUUGCCCCAGCUGCCUGCAGUACAGCCAGGCUGUGACACCAGUGGGGCAGUGGCAGGGUGGAGUAGCACUGAAUAGCUGGUUGGGGGCACCUGCAGUGGAGGGUGCCCAGCCCUGCUCCAUGCCCAGCAGAGCAUAAGCCCCACGUGCUGCAGGGCAGAAUCAUGGCUUCCUUUUUUCCGAGCAGCCCGCAGUUCUUGGGAAGGUGGCGAGUAGCAGUGCCACUUCCAGGAACUGCUGUGCUGACUCUGUGCAUGCAGCAGGCUCCUUGGCCCUCACCACCAGCCUCCCCAUUACCAGCAAGCGGGGGAGUGGCCCUGACUGCGGUCACAUGUCCCCAACAGCACUUCCCUGUAGCAUCAGGCAAGCCAGGUCCCUCUGCUCACAUGCUGUGGUGGGUGGGGAGCGCUGCUGGCAUGCGUGAGGAAAUAUGCUGUGGGGGCAUUCCCAGUGCAGGGCUGUGUGCCCAGGCCAGCCUAUGAAGGAUGCCCAGCCCUGUGCCCUGUGUGCCCCAGGCCCAGGGGAACAGGCACAGGUUGGGCAGGGCGAGGCAGGGUAGAGAGAGCUAUGCAGUGGGCCAGGCCUGGGCCAGGGAACCUGGUGUUGCAGUCAUUCUGGUCUGAUAACAUGACCUGUUAGGGCUUCAGAGAACCUCCCCCCUGACUGCCCCCCCAGCUCACAACAGUCCCACCCCCCCAUUUAUACCUGUCCUCCUCUCCCCUCAUCACAGCAGCAGUGCCACCUGGUGGGCAGCUGGGUCCCUGGCGCUGGGACUGCCCCUCUCUGCUCCUGCCCUGACCCCUUCUCUCUGCUCCCAGAUUUGUCUGACUGCGCUCCUUGCGGUGACAGGCAGCAGGUCUGAGCACCCAGGUCCCAGGUGGCCUCAUGCUUAUGAGCACCGUGACAAGUUGAGGAGGGAGAGGAGCUCGCUGGAGCAGGCUUCUAAGCUCUCUUGCCCGGAUGGUCAGUUGCAGCUUCAAGGCACCCAGCACUGCUGCAAAAUGUGCCCACCAGGGACAUUCAUGGAGUCCCCCUGUGCCUACGCUGGUGAGGAGCCCACCUGCAGGCACUGCCCCACUGGCACCUUCCUCUCUGCCUGCAACACCAUGCUUGAGUGCCUCGCCUGCUCUGAGUGCGAUGCCCAAGUUUCCGAAGUUGUGCUGAAGAACUGCACUGCCACCAGCAAUGUGGAGUGUGGCUGUCGGCCAGGCUACUUCCAACGGUGCAACCAGCCUUCCUGUAAGGACUUCACCUGCACACAGUGUCGCCAGUGCCGGGGCAGAUCCACUCGCCGCAACUGUUCAUCCAGGGAAGACACACAGUGUGGGGACUGCAAGCCUGGCUUCUUCCUAGAAGGCAGCGAGUGCCAACCCUGUGCCAGCAAGGGCCUCGAGUGGUGUGGUGACAGCUGUGAGAAGACAUGUGGCAGCCCCAACCUGCCUGCAGGAACCGGCCUGGAGUACCUCCUGCUGUGCCUCAUUGGGCCCCUCCUCCUGGGAGCUCUUGUCGCCUACCACAAGAGGAGGCAGCUUAGCCAGGACACCUUGAGCACUGCAGAUGAGGUUGCAAUUCGAGACUUGAUGCUGCAGAAGGCUGAGCCGUGUUUGCCUGAUGCCACAGCCCCAAGCCUGGAGUCCCAGAACCUGCUCCAGCUGAACCUAACAGAGUCACUGCAGAUGAAUGGUGCUGCCUGGGCCGCUACUGCCUCCUGCAGCUUGUCCUCCAAGGAGCCCCACCAGGAUGCACCAAGCCCCCCACGUGGCAGCGUGCUGCAGCCGGGCAGCCAGCUGUAUGACAUCAUUGAUGCGGUACCUGUCCGGCGCUGGAAGGAGUUCAUGCGUGUGCUGGAGCUGCGGGAUGCUGAGAUUGAAGUGGUGGAGAUGGAGUUCACCCAUGUCCGGGACCAGCAGUAUGAGAUGCUGAAGCGCUGGUGCCAGCAGCGGCAUGCCACGCUUAAUGCUGUCAUCCAUGCCCUGGAGCGCAUGGAGCUGUCUGGCUGUGCUGAGGAGCUCCGGCAUCGGCUUCAGUGCUUCUCGUGAGCCAGUGCCCAGCCCAUCACCCUUAAGUGACAGAGCCAGCCUGGAGGUGGGGGCUUGGGGAGCACAUUGAUAGAAAGGACUUGCUGCAUCCCUGGCAUUAGCUGGAUCAGGAGGCCCUGGCUUCCACUUGCAGCAGGUGCUCGUGCUCUGCACUGUGUUGUGAAAAAGGCUCAUGGCACAGCCAAGCCUGUGGCAGCCCCUCAACACUGCAAGGGCAAGAGGCAUGCAGGGAAGCACAGCAUAGCCUGCUCCCUGCCCUGGCCUUCCUAGAGACUUCAGCUCCAACUCUAUAAACACUAGGACCACAGGAGCACAGACCCUGCUCAUUUGCCCCCUGGACACAAUGCUCCCUGGGGGCCUCAGGGCUCACACACACCUGUGUCAGCUACCUUGGCACUUCGGCCUGCCUCAUUAGCCCUAAGCUAUGCCAGUGAACCCUUGGGCAUGCUCAGCUAGCUGCACAGGGCCUGGUUCAGCACAGGGGCUUUGCCCCAGGUACUCCCAUCUAGUGCCUCACUGACGGAGGCAAAUGUGCCCCGCUGAUAGUGAUGAAGCAUAGGCAGGGUGAGUUUCCCAAUCAUGGGGGUGUUUGAUGAGAGCUCCGUCUGCCACAGGCCACUCAGGAGGUUGCUGGGGAGUGGGAUAGACCUGUGGCUCUCCCAUAUUGCUCAGGGAGUGGCGCUCAGGCUGUGGGUGGGUGGGCAAGUGGGUGCUGUGUACCAGUAAGUAUUGUUACUUAUCCUCUGUAGACAUUUUAUGUCAGUUACUUGUGUUGGCUCUGCCCAGCAGUAGCAGGGCAGGGCUGGUGUGUUCUCAGCCAUCAGUAUGAUGGGACUGGACUGCAGUUCUCUGCUGGGGGUUCCCUGCCUCAGCCAGGGGAUGGGACAGCUGUUGGCUUUAUUUAUAUGCUUUGUGUUGCUGAAUGAUCAGAGCUGGGUUACAUCCGUGGAACCCAGGGCUUAGUCCUGCAGGGCAGGUGGGAUGGGGGAGGGAAAUUCCAGGGCUGGCAUCUCUGUGAGGGGUGGGGGGUGAUCAAGGAAAGCAUGCAAGAUGAUUGGGCAGGGGGUAUUUCUUGGUUGGUCUGUCUGGAAGAUAAAAGGGGAUGCCCAGCUCCUGUGGUAUCCAUUUGUGGGUGCUGCAUCUCUUAUGGGAGUGUUGGGGCACAUGACAGCACCCUGGGACUCGGGGCUGGUGGGGGUGGCCUUGCUGUGGAGCUGCCUAUGGCAGAGGGGUACACCACACGCAUGAGGGAGGCACAUCAGUGCAAGGUCAGACAGUGAGAAAGGGUAGAAGCAGCUGAAAGAGGAACAGGGCCAGUGAGGCCCAGCAGCAGGUACUUGGAAUGGGUCCUGUGGCCAUGCCAGCACCUGGCUUAGGGUCGGACAAUUCCUCACCCCCAGCCUAAGGUGGAUCUUCCCCUUAGCUGCUUCCCUGCUGUACCUCCCCUGUCUCCAAACCUCCCCAGAACCCCCUGAUCUAACAUGCUGGAACAUUGGAUCACAUGCAAUAAAAUGGUCUGGACUGAGGUGA